AUGCCAGCUAGUCAUGUGGCUGGAAAUAAUUUAUUAGAUAGCAUUGUUGAUUAUUCUGAAAGAGUAGCAAUAGUUAAUGUGCUGAGAGUCACUGUAACAGACUGGGUAGAAAAUAGUUGA